AAUCGGUAAGAGCACUUUUAUAUACUUUAUAGCAAAAAUAUAUAUAUUGCAUCUAAUAUGUAGCCUAUUUCAGAUCCAUAUUCCAGUACAAACCAUGGAUGAAUUCAUUCUAUUCACAUUGGACCAAGAUACCAGAACAGUGUACAUUUUGGACCCUACUCCUAUUAAUCCAAUGUACCGAUACAACCCACUCGCAAAAUAUAUGAAAAAAAUUAUAUGGAUUUCCGAACACUUACAAAAAGCAAUGUCAAAAGCAUGCCCUGGGUCUAGAUGGAACGAGGAUAUUCGCCUAUGGCAACAUAAAAUCCUAGAUGAUAUUCCAGUUUACAACAGGGAAUUGUCUGGUUAUCUUGUUCCCCUAUUCAUGUCCACAUGGGAAGACGAAAGACCACAUUUGCCAUUUUUAAAGGAUGGAUAUGAACUCAGAAAACUAAUUUUGGGCCAAGUGCUAACAUUCAAGGACAAUGAAUGUGAAGAUAACAUGCCUGCUGGUGUACUGGAAUUCAUCAAUUGUAUUAGGAAAAUCCAAAGUAAAACUGGGAGCUCAAUCAGUGGAAGGUGAUUUGCCAGAGAGAUUUCUUGCAGCCAACGGUUAAUAGGGAAUGAGCAGGGAGACAAUGAGCAUGUAGAGCUGGAUUUUUUUACCUUUGAGAAAUUAAUACUGGAUUUUGGUUUGUACUUAAAAUAUCACUUAUAUAUAUGUAGUAAACUUUUGGAGCUUGCCAUGAUAUACAUUUUUUAGGACUGCCAAUUAUAAGAGAUGAUGGAUUGCUUUCAAAUUCGAUGUUUGUGGGUUCAGACAUGACAAUACUGUGAA